AUGCCGCCAGAAACGGCAGACGAAGAACGGCCACGGACCGGCGAAGCAGUUGUGCUGAAGCACAUCGCGAGGGAGAUUGAGGACAGGAAUGGCCUGUCCACCUCGACCACGGCAGUGGCAUUGACCCCGCCUCGGGAAGAUUGGGGGACGCCGGAGGGCUGGCUGGAUGCAGUCGAGAACGCGCUGAAGAAAACCAAAGACGGCGAGGGCAAGGCCGACAUUUCUCGGCGGAUUGAGACCGUCCGGAGCUCCCAAUCCAAAAUAUCAUGGGACGCCGCCCUGAAAGCAUCCACGUGGGACAUCGAGCACGGCCAGGUUGAGCACGAGUUCGAGGAUCACCGCCCGCACAUGGUCACGACUCAAGGUCAACAUCGUUUCGCGGUGCUCAAUGCCGCGUUGCACGAGCAACUGGGCCUGUCACUUUCACGAGGCGGAGACCUUGGGGAAGAAGGGGUCUUCCACGGCGAAAAAGAUGCAGCGCGCAGGGAGGCUCUCGAAGACAAGCUCAAGACUGCAGUGAAGGGCUGCACGGUCUCCUUCGCCAUACAUUCCUACAUGACCCACGAGGCGGCCAGAAAGAUUGCGCAUGACUUACGCCAGGCGGAGUCUCGUACGACGAAAGAGUCUUUGGUUGACGUUGCAAAGACAAUGGCGCCGCUCAUCAAGCAGGUCUACGACCCUGAGCAGAAGAUCUGCCACGAUCGCGCAGCUAAAACGUUCGGCGAUACCUGGAAUUUCAACCUGACGGAGCCCAGAUUCGCAGAGGCAGGCAACCGCACUAAGCAGACCUUAGCGAAAACCGUUAAAGAUGCCCUCGACUUAAUCAACAUCAACACGAGGCAGCAGGCGACUUCGUUGUUUGUUUUCGCGUACGCGAUGUGCCCGGCAAACGAAACUGUCAAGUGGUUAGUGAACUACCUGGAGCAGCAGGGGACGAUCAAGGCUGACGCCAACAGAGGUACCUCCGUGCCUUCCCCCCCGCAGGGAAUACCUGAAGCCAGGACGGUACACCCGCUCAAGGAGUUUGCUCUCCAAGGUUUCUUCUCGUUGACCGCGAGGACCCAAACUUCGCCGGAUGUGCAGUCAUAUAUUGAGAACAACGGUUUUUGCGAGCAUUUCCGCACGAAGUACGCCAUUCAGCUGGCUACAUGCGAGAUCAUAGACGCGAUGGUCAUGUCUCUUCUCACACGACAGCACUUGCCUCGCCGGGAGCAGAGUUCGACUAAGGCACACCCGGCUCAGGAUGUACAACUCCUGGCCAACGUCAUGACAGACUUAGUCAGCAAAGAAGAGACGACAUACUUCGGAAAGUGUGGGGAGGGCACGCGGGGUGAGUUCCGGUCGGCCGUGAAGCGUCUGACUCCGGUCCUGGCACGAUAUUUCGGACUCCCCGCGCUGGACUCAUCGAACAACAAGAUCAACAGGACGAAGCUCAAGAAAUCAGUAGCGCGGAGGUCCAAGGCCUACAACGACGCCUUUACCUCGGGGCAGACGCUCUCCGAAGAUAUGAACCCUUCGAACACCACAAUUUUGGUGGUCAACGGCUACGCCAAUAAGCCCUUCCUGUCGAUUAGCGGGUCACAAGCGAUAUUUUCGGACGAGACAUGGAACGAUUGGCUCGAAGACUUCACGCCAACCCCCCAAACCGAUGGCCCCCAAACCGAUGGCGACAGCAGUACAGCAGACAAGGAGGAGGGUAAGGGGGAGACGACGAAGGAUAAGAAGGGCAAGGGCAGGAAGGGCAAGGGCAAACGGCAGCAAAAGGUUGCGGCGACUGCAGCUGCGCAGAAGGCGAAGGCGGAAGAGGCGAAGGGCAACAGGCGGCAAAGGGUUGUGGCGACUUUCAUGGCCUGCUUCAUCGUAGAUUGGUUCUUGGAGCCGAUCUGCAAGACGCACAAAUUUGCAUCGAGGGCGGACAGAUUCAAGAGCCUUGUUCGCGCUGUCCGUGCAGGGGGCGAUACGGUACCCAAGCUGAUGCUCAAGGCGCUCGAGGACAACCCUGGAAAGGUCAAAGACGGGGAGUUCGGGUUCUUCAACUCCGAAAGACUGAAGAUCCUGACAUCUACAGCAUCUACAGCAGGCCCGAAGACGAAGGCCGAUGGAGCAGCACCACAAAACGACGAUGACGGAGGCCAAGGGGGAUCCUCGCGUGAUGACCCUCCUGGUGGUGCACCUGGGUGGACUGGCCGGAGGGUGCAGCUUUCCGUGGGAGCCGGAGAAUCCAAGGUGCAGGUACUGGUAUCAUUUACCGAAGAGGAAAUGAGUCGGUGCGGCUUGAUGGAUGAGGGGGGCAUCGUCAAAAAGGAGCCAGUUAUUUGCUACUUCGCCCAAACAGACACCGAGGACAAGAAGCGCAAUGAGGAGAAGGACACUGCCAAGAACACGAAGAAGUCGGGCAGCAAUAAGCGCUACCGUUCGACACUACCCGACACAAAAUGCUACGCUACCCGUGUCAACAACCUUUCUCUGUCCAGCAGCGGUGCGGGAGACCAAGGCGACACGCCCACAGCACAGCCUAACAAGAAGAAGAAGAAAAGUCUUAGGAAGGCACCCGAUGGUACCGAUUCCUCUGGUGACGAGGUGUUGGCUUCAGACAACCACGGCGGGAGUGGUGGCAUUCUCCUAGAAAACACGUCCUCGUCGAGCGACGAUGAUUCACAAGAUGAUUGCUCACAACAGCAGAGGGCCAAGGUGAACUACAAGAAGAAGGCCUUUCCUAAGGAUAUUGGCGCUUCACCUACCUCAUCUUCUGAGGCGCCAGACGACGCAAAGAGGGAGGGUGCAGACGAAGGCGCUCAUGGGUCGGGAGCCGAGAACACAACCGACAGUGAGGUUCCCGAAUCCGGUUCCACCGCGGCUCCAACUGACGAGUAA